AUGGAUUAUUCAACACAGACAGUAGCUCAAUUAAAAGAUAUAUUAAAAUCAAAAGGAUUAUCUACAGAAGGAAAAAAAGCUGAUUUAGUAGCAAGAUUAAAUGAGCAAGAACAACCAGUACAAGAAGAAAUAAAAGAGGAUCCAAAAACUGAGGAACCAGAAAACGAACAAUCUAAACCAGAACAAGAAUCAACAUUAACUGUAAUUCAACCACAACCAAAAGAAGAAACUAAAGAAGAGCCAAAGGAGGAGCCAAAGAAAUUAACACCAGAAGAAAGAAAAACUUUGGCUAUUGAAUUAUUAAAUAAAAAAAUUCAAAGAGCUGAAAAAUUUAAUGAUGAAGAAGCUGUAAACCAAGCUAAAAAAGAUUUAAUUAGAGUUGAAAAAUUUGGUGUUGAAUUAGGUACUUCAUUGGCUAGAGAAUUAGGUUUAGUUAAUAAUCAGUUGAAAGAUGGUUUUAGAAAUAAUAAAGGGAAAUUUAAACCAACAUAUCACAAGAAAUUUCAUAAAAAAAGGUACUAA